AUGGCCCAUCCGACCAAACCGGUUAAUUUUGUGCUGCAAGAACCAAAGCCUGGUCAACCACAAAUUUUUCAUCUAGUUAAUGCGGCAUCUGGUGCACGAUCGAUCUUGCCGACUAGUGUUACAACAAUGAAAACUAUUAUUUCGAAGGAACUGGCUAUUAGUGGCUCAACAAACCCGGCACAGAAUUCAGGAGCUGCAGGAAAUCAUUCGGGAGUCAUCAAUUCCACCGGCAACACUACUGUAUCCGCCAUUGCUGGACAGAGCUUUACGAUGCCUGUUGUGCGAAAGCUCUCUCCUGGGCAAAAAAUAAUCCCUGUUUCCAAGCACAAACUUAUUCUUCCUUCAUCAGCCGCCAAUAAAUCCGUAAACGGUAAGGUGGUGAUUUCACCAAAACUGUAUAAGGUAAUUUCAUCGUCCCAGCAUACCGUGAGUAGAAAUUUAACUUUCACCUCGCCCACUCACGGUCCUAUUCAGAGCUCGUUUACGGCAAUACCUGCAAGCAACAUAACUCUUGGUAAAACGAUAAGCACGGGAACAACAAUUACAAUACCAUCCGCUUCCGUGUUAUCUCAAUCUUCUCUGACACUUCCGAUCAGUUCUACAAGUAACGCCAUGCGCUAUAACAACACCAAUUCCAAAGCGUCAUCAAUAUCGGUAAACUCUACAAACACGACCGGGGAACUGAUUUCGAUCGGUAACCGGGCUAGUAUUGUUAACAGUGGAAUAAUUGACGACAAAAACGACGAUGGUAGUGACAGCUCAUCUCAAGUACAAGGUACUGGACAAGGCAUCGUUGCUGGCAUAGCGAAGAAAACAUUUAGUUUGGAACAUAGUAAUCAUCAGCAUUCAUACAGUAAAAAAUCCCCUCCAAGUCAGAUGCAUACGCCGAUUUCUCGGCGAAGAAAAACGGAUAAAGCAGGACGCGGCCUUAGACAUUUUUCUAUGAAAGUCUGUGAAAAGGUGAAGGCUAAAGGUACUACUACCUAUAAUGAGGUGGCUAAUGAGCUAGUCGCCGAAGAAACACAGAACCAAAAUCUUGGAGUAGAUUCUGCAACAUACGAUCAAAAAAACAUUAGAAGGCGGGUAUAUGAUGCUCUCAAUGUGUUAAUGGCUAUGAAAAUUAUUUCAAAAGAAAAGAAGGAAAUCCGCUGGCACGGAUUGCCUACCAGUAACACAUUGCAAGAAUGUGAAGAACUCGAAAAAGAAAAUGAAAAAGCACGCCAGCGUAUUGAAAUCAAACAGCAACAACUAGUUGAUCUAGUACAACAGCACGUUGCGUUAAAAUCAUUGAUUGCGCGAAACAAAGCCAAUGAGGAACGCGGUUUAGUGCCGAAUCCUAGUUCAGCUGUUCAAUUGCCAUUUAUAAUUGUGAAUACCGAUCGGAAAACAAACAUUAACUGCAAUAUUUCUAAUGAUAAAUCCGAAUAUUCCUUCAAAUUUGAAGAUACAUUCGAAAUUCAUGAUGAUUUCCAAAUUUUGAAACGUAUCGGAUUAUCUUACGGUUUGGAAAAAGGACAGUGUUCGGAAGCGGAUCUUAAAAAGAUUAAAUCAAUGGUUCCAAAAACUGUUGAAAAAUAUAUAGACGCAUAUGGUCUAGGAUUAGAAAACGACGAUACAGAUGACUGGGAAAUGAGCUCAUUGUACAACGGUCAAGAUAACGAUGAUAGUUUAUCCACUCAGGAUAUGUUGGGCUUCAAUGACACAACCAACGACAUGUUGGAUGAUGACAUGAAGUUUGAAGAUGAUGAGGACGAUUAGUUUUUCGGUUUUCUGUUUUAGACAAGCGCUCGUCUAGGUUGAAUGGAAGAAAAAUUACAUAGA